ACCUGUCCUCCCUCCCCACUCUCCCCGGCGGCGAUCGUCUCCCUCAAAGCCGCACCAACUCCCUCGCUCGCUAGCUACACAGCCCCCGAUGCUCCCCCGCUCCUGUUUUUCUAAUCCUCCUUCUCUUUCUCCCACUAAACUAAAGAUUUCACCUUGCUAAUUCGGGCAUAAUUGGCCCAGCUAAUCACACUCCACCAUCAGUCGCUUCCCUUCCGCCGCUGCUGCAGUAUAAGUCAAGCUCCCCCCUCCCUCCGCUGCUCGCCCUUGCUUUCUUCGUCGGUGCUGUUGGGGAUAGAGACCGGCCGAGGAUCUUGGUUGCCGGAAUUUCGGUGAGAUUUGGGGGGAAUCUUUGUUUGUGCGCGAGAGAUGGAGAUGCCGGGAGGGAGCGGGGGCGGCGCGGCGCUGGCCAGGCAGGGGUCGAUCUACUCGCUCACCUUCGACGAGUUCCAGUCCGCGCUCGGCGGCGCCGGCAAGGACUUCGGGUCCAUGAACAUGGACGAGCUGCUCCGCAACAUCUGGACCGCCGAGGAGUCCAACGCCAUAGCCGCCGCCCCUGCCGCCGCCAAUGUCGACGCCCAGCCGCAGCAGCCCAUCCUGCGCCAGGGCUCCAUGACGCUGCCCCGCACCAUCAGCCAGAUGACCGUCGACGAGGUCUGGCGCGACCUCAUGGGCUUCUGCGACGACGAGCCGGAUGCCCCCCUGCCGCCGCAGCCGCAUCCUCAGGCGCAGCCGCAGCGGCAGCCGACGCUGGGGGCCAUGACGCUGGAGGAGUUCCUCGUGCGCGCCGGCGUCGUGCGGGAGGACAUGGGGGGCCAGACCGUCGUGGUGCCGGCGCGGGCGCAGGCGCAGGCACAGCAUCUGUUCCCUCCUCAGGCCAAUGUGGUCGCCACGACCAUGCAGAUGGGGAACGGAGUCGUCGGGCAGGCCGCUGGCGGAGGGAUGACGGUGGCGGCGCCGACCACGCCGGUCGUGCUCAACGGCUUCGGGAAGAUGGAGGGCGACGAUCUCUCCUCUCUCUCGCCGGUGCCGUAUCCCUUCGACACUGCGAUGAGGGCCAGGAAGGGGCCCACCGUCGAGAAGGUGGUCGAGAGGAGGCAGCGGCGCAUGAUCAAGAACCGGGAGUCGGCCGCCAGGUCCCGCCAGAGGAAGCAGGCUUAUAUAAUGGAGUUGGAAGCUGAGGUAGCAAAACUGAAGGAGACCAAUGAGGAAUUGCAGAAAAAACAGGUGGAAAUGCUACAGAAGCAAAAGAAUGAGGUUAUAGAGAGAAUUGAAGAGCAACUUGGACCAAAGGCAAAGAGAUUUUGCUUGCGAAGAACACUGACCGGUCCAUGGUAGGCUGAAGCUCAUACAACGUUGAGAGCAGUUGAGAUGGCUGUCUUCCCUAGAUGCAAUACCAGUGUACAUAUCAGCUGAAGUCAGAAUUCCCAGCUACCCCCUCCAGACUGCAGCUUCACUGCUACUCCUUGGGGUGAUCUUUCAGUUUAUUUAGUUGAUUCCCCGUGGCUCUUAAUUCAUAGGUUUAGCUUUGCUGUUUCCAAAUGAACAAAAGCAAAGUAUCUAAUCUCUUUAACUCCCUAUCUAGCGGCAUGUUCAUGCAUGCCAUUUGUGUUGCUGGAUGCAGCCGUGCAGCUGCUAGCUGUGUAUGUUGUUGAGUUGCGACACCAUCCUGUGGUAGUGCAUCAAGUGGUAGAGCAUUUGGUUUC